AGCCGUGGUCAUGUGACAGGAGGUGUGGUAUAUAGCGGGCUGCCGGCAGCUCCCGCUGUUCCUUCUGGAUUUGCAGGGCACGGGCGCUGGUCUCGAGAGUCCUAGCAGGACACAUGGAGUGUCCUUCCUGCCAGCAUGUCUCCUCGGAGAAGUCCCCCAGGUUCUGCAGCCAGUGCGGAGAGAGGCUGCCUUCUGCAGCCCCUGUAGCAGAUUCUGAGAACAGUAACUCCACAGUGGCAUCGGCCCCGGAGGGAGAGAUGGAGUGUGGGCAGGAGCUGAAGGAGGAAGGGAGCCCGUGCUUGUCCCUGGGCUCAGAGGGUUGGCAAGAAAACUCAGACGACCCCUGUUCUGAUGCCUCCUGGACUGUCCAAAGAAGCAAAAAGAAGAAAAGGAAGAAGAAAAAUAAUCUAAAUGACUCCGCUUCCUCAGAGCUGGCUUCCUUGCACCCGUCACCUUCCAGCCCCUGUCAUCUGACUUUGCGUUCAAACCUGGGGACUCAGGACACAGCCCUGCCCCACAGCCAAGCCCAGCAGAGUGGCCAGACUGGCCAGCCCAGCCAGCCCCCAGGCACAGGCACCAUGCCGCUGGAGGACGAUGGCUCCUAUGUGCCCACCGAGGUUGGUGACAGCCCCCUGCAGGCUCAGGCUUCAGGAGAGGCAGGAGCGGCCACAGGAGGCAGGGCUCAGAGCAGCCCCCAGCCUCAGGAGCACAUGGAAGGGGAGGACCAGGACGUCUCCAUCUCCUCUGGGGGCAGAGGCCUGUCCAAGGAGGGGGCCAGUCCCCCUACCUCUGCUGGUGAAGGCCAUUCUGGGACUGAAGAUGCCACCCAGGAGCUCCUGUUGCCUGAGUCCAAAGUGGGCAGCUCUCAGCCCAGGACAGAACCGCAGACCACCAGGCAGCAGACAGGGGCCCCAGCCUCUGGGGAAGGUGAUGCUGCAGCGGAGCCAGCCAAUGCGGUCGAAGGGGCUGGAAAGACGCAGAUGACCAAACAGCUGCCAGCAGCCACUCCUGCUUCCGAAACCCACUGCCAGGAAGCGGAGACCAAGAGCAAGGACGAGAAGACUGUGGCUGGAGAAGAGGUCGGUAAAAAUGAGCGAGGGGAGCCCGAAGACCCCAAGAAGCAGGAGGGGAAGAGCAGAAGUGCAGUUGCCGGGAAAAAGGAGGAGCGAAAAAACCAGAAAGCGGGUGUCCAGGAAGUGAAGCCGAGCAUGCUGAGCCCAGGUGGAGGAGUCACUGUGUACUUUCACGCCAUCAUCUCUAAACAUUUCUCAUUCAAUUCUGACCACCAUAAAGUCUUCAUCAGAGGGGGAAAAGAACUCGGGGAGCCAGAAUGGAACAGGAAUGUCUGUGAGCUGCACUGCACCAGAGACUUACAUCAUGAUGGCGUUCUUGUUGAAGGCAGUGCCGUCAUUUCCAAGAAGCACCUGGAUAAACAUAUUCCUUAUAAGUAUGUCAUUUGUAAGGACGAGGGCUCUACUGAGUACGAGUUCAUCUACAAGGCCCCGCAGAAGGACAGGGAGUACGUCAACCGUUGUCUCUACAUAAAAUCUUCCCUUCUGUCGGGCUCAGGAGACUGGCAUCAGUACGAUGACAUAGUUUGUAUGAGGCCUACUGGGAAAUUUUGGAAAUUACUGAACCACAUCACAAACGGGAAGAAGAAGGACGUGGUGAAGGGGAAGCAGAUUGCCUCCGCGGUCAUGCUGGACAGCAUCUUCAGCAUCCUGCAGGCCUGGGACACCAUCAAUCUGAACAGCUUCUUCACCCAGUUCCAGCAGUUUUACUUUGUCAUGCGAGAGCCUAUGAUUUAUGAAGGAGGUCCACAGCCGUGGACCGCUUUGCAGUAUGGGGAGAAAGAGGUGAAGGAAGACCUGUGGAACUAUCUGAAAAAGCAGAUGGCACCAUUUCUGGACAGAAGUGGGGACCAUUUGCCUGGAGACUGCCCAGUGAGGAGCAAAUUGAAAAUGGGCCUGAUUGUCCUUUUUAUCGUGGAAAAAUUGGAUUUUUCCUUACCAGAAGACGACCUGGACACCGUGUGUCACCUCCUGGCCUCAGACGCCAGCUCGCCGGCUGAGCUUCACGAUGACCUAAGCCACAUCCUUGAGACAGCUCAGGGGUGGCGUGAGUGCCUGAUGAAACUGUGCCUGAGGUGCGUAGACAGAAGGCUGUGCCUCUGGAUGGGCGCCCUGCCUGUCCUACACUGCUGUAAGGAGCCGGCACCACGGCCCAAGGACCCCUGGAGCCAGCCUGAGGACACCUGGGCUGCCCUGGAAGGAAUCCCCUUCUCACAGUGGCGGGAGCAAAUGCUAGCCCCGAGUUCAUUACUUCAGCUUAUGGACAGUAAGAGGCAUUUGCUGAACAUCGACGAGCCUCUCUUCCGAUCCUGGUUUAGUCUGUUGCCUCUGAGUCACCUGGCUCAGUAUAUGGGGAACUUCAUUGAGCACUUGAGGCCUUUUCCUGCUCAUGUCCUGGACUGCUUUCUGGGGACUUACUACCGGCUGCGGGGACUUAAGGAAAUCUCCUACUUGAAUCGGGAGGAUGUUCUGGACAUUUUAAAAACGCUGUUGCACCUCUUGGACGCUUACCAGGACGAGAUUUCCCAGGAGGCCUUGUUACCGUCCUACCUGACUGUGUGCCUGAAACUCCAUGAAGCUGUCUGCAGCAUUAUAAAGACGGUGAAGUUUUACGAGCUGGUGGCCUUAUCUGCCGAGAUUGUCUGCAGGAUGAUUAUAGUUCUGCCUCUGCUGGAUUCUGCAGGACAGGGAGAUGAAACUGGAAAUCAUUCAGUCCAAAGAGUUUUCCAAGGGACCCUUGCCGUUACGAAAAGGUGGCUCCGAGGAGUUUUUACAAGGAACAUGCUCGUAUAUUCAGGUGUUUCAUUCACGUACUCCGAGGAAAUGGAGGUCUGGAGGCGGCUGGUGGAAAUCCACUUCCCCAUGGAGCAUGGCUGGAAGGAGUCAUUGCUGAGAGACAUGGAAGGGAGGCUCAAAAAGGAGAUGCCCCUCUCCCAGAUCACUGCCUACUGCAGUACUCACUGGGACACCGACGGCCUGGAGGACAGUGUGGCCAAGACCUUCAAGAAGUGCGUCAUUGAAGCCGUGAGCUCAGCCUGCCAGUCUCAGACCAGUAUCCUUCAGGGGCUCUCUUGCCAUGAUCUGCGGAAAUUCGGCACCCUCUUAUCUGCUGUGAUCACCAAGUCCUGGCCUAGGCACCAUGGGGAAGCCGUGGAUGACUUGGAUGAAGUUUUCAAGCACCUGCUCACGUGGGCAGAUGUCAAACAUCUCUUCAAAUUGUGCGGAACUGAUGAGAAAAUAAUAGCAAAUAUUACAGAUGAAGGCAAGAAGUUGAUGGCUACGGCUGACACUGUGUUCAUGAAAGUCGCCAAUGGUCUCCUCAAUGGAACGAUUUUAGUUGGACAGCUGGAGCUGGUUAUGAAGCACAAGGAUCAGUUUCUUGACAUCUGGCAACUGAAGGAAAAAAGUGUUUCACCCCCGGAGGAAAACCGUGCUAUGAAUGAAGUAUUGGACUGGAGAAUCAAUGAACUGUUAUUUCUAAGGAAGGAGACAAGAUCUGUUGACAGUCUCCUGAAGAUGUGUGGGAUUGUGAAACCCCUGGUACAAGUGGACUUUGGAGAGCUUGCAAUAAGACACUCACAAGACCUCAGCAGUAAAAGAUUAGAUGAAGUUGUGACAGUGAGACUGCCCUCCUUCCCAAUCUUACAGAGGACAACGCAUUACAACCUGAGCCCCCAGCUCCAAGAAAUGGCUGAAAAGAUCGACCUGCUCAGAGACAGCCACAUCUUCCAGAUCUUCUGGUGGGAAGCCGCAGAGCCUCUUAGUGUGCCUGAGGAGGAACGGGAAGCUGCAGAGUUUCUGAGUGAGCCGGAAGAAUCGGAAAGGCAGACACUUCUGAUGGAAGAGGUGUAUGACUAUUUGUAUUUUCCCUCUUACAGAAAGUUCAUAAGACUGUACCAAGAUCUAAAGUCAGGAGAGGUCACCCUUGCAGAGAUCGACGACAACUUCAAGGACUUUGAGAAUAAAUAUGAGGACCUGGCUUCAGAACUUGAGAUCAUGCGGACUGUGGACAGACAGGGCCCGAGCAAUUGGGUCAGGGAGCGAGUGGAACAGAUCAAGGAGUACCACCACCUGCACCAUGCUGUCCGUGCAGCCAGGGUCAUCCUGCAGGUCAAAGAGAGUUUGGGACUGACCGGUGACUUCAGUGUUCUCAACACUUUAGUAAACUUUACUGAUAACUUCAACGACUUUCGUCAUGAAACACUGGACCAGAUCAACCAGGAGCUCAUCCAGGCCAAAAAGCUGCUCCAGGACAUCAGUGAGGCGCGGUGUGAGGCGCUCGAGGCUCUGUCCCUGAGAAAGGAGUUCAUCUGCUGGGUCCGGGAGGCUCUUGGAGGCAUCAACGAGCUGAAGGUGUUUGUGGACCUGGCCUCCAUCUCAGCAGGGGAGAACGACAUUGACGUGGACCGGGUGGCCUGCUUCCAUGACGCCGUGCAGGGCUACGCAUCCCUGCUGUAUAAGCUGGACCCCAGGGUGGGCUUCAAUAGAUUUAUGAAGCAUCUGAAAGAGCUGUGGAAGGCUCUGGACAAUGACCAGCACCUGCCCAGGAAACUGUAUGACUCUGCCAGGAACUUGGAGUGGCUGAAGAAUGUGAAGGAGAGUCAUGGGUCUGUGGAGCUCUCAUCCCUGACCCUGGCCACGGCCAUCAACAAAAGAGGCAUCUACGUGAUCCAGGCACCCAACGGUGACCAGAAGAUUUCCCCAGACACAGUUCUGCACUUGGUCCUUCCCGAGGGCCCCAGCAGCCACGAGGAGUCGCGAAAGUACUCUCUAGAGGAGCUGAAGGAGCUUUUGAACAAGCUGAUGCUGAUGUCUGGCAAGAAGGAUCACAACAACGCAGCAGUGGAGAGGUUUCAGGAGGUCUUCUGCAGUGUGCAGAGGCUCAGCAAGGCCUUCAUCGACCUGCGCUGUGCUGGGAAUAUGCUGUUCCAGACCUGGAUCGCCAGGGUCUACUGCUCCCCCAACCAGCAUGUGUCCCUCCUGAUGGACUUUGGCUUGGAGCUGGUGACGGAGCUUGAGGAGCGUGGAGAUGUCACCGAGGUGCUGGAAGCGGUCUGCAGGCAGAUGGAGCACUGCCUUGACAGGUGGAAGAGAUUCGUGACCCAGAAGCGCAUGGAGCACUUUUACCUCAACUUCUACACGGCGGAGCAGCUGGUUUACCUGAGCACCGAGCUCAGGAAGCAGACCCCCAGCGACGCUGCCCUCACGAUGCUGUCCUUCAUCAAAAGCCACUGCACGCUGAGGGAUGUCUCGAAGGCCUCUGUGGGGUGCGAGAGUCAGGCUGUCAGGCUCCACGUGAGGACAGUGAUGGAAGAGCUCCCGCUGAUGCUCUUCUCUGAGUCCCGCCUGGUGGACAAGGUGAAGGUCAUCAUGGAGCAGUUCAUGGGGUGCCUUCCUGCCUUCCUGCCUGACUGCUUUGACCUGGAGGCCCUUGGCCACUGUCUGGCUCACCUGGCAGGGAUGGGCGGGCCUCCCGUGGAGCGCGUUCUCCCGAGAGGCCUGCAGGUCGGCCAGCCCAACCUCGUCGUCUGCGGCCACUCGGAAGUGUUGCCAGCCGCCCUGGCCAUCUACAUGCAAACCCGGAGCCAGCCCCUGCCCACCUACGACGAGGUGCUGCUCUGCACCCCGGCAACCGCCUUCGAGGAGGUGGCGCUGCUGCUGCGCCGCUGCCUGACCCCGGGCUCCGGCGGGAACAAGAUCUACAGCCUGCUGUUUGCCGAUCAGCUGAGCUACGAGGUGGCACGCCAGGCGGAGGAGCUCUUCCAGAAACUACGCACCCAGCGGCACCGGGAGGACUACCAGCUCGUGAUGGUCUGUGAUGCUGACGGGGAGCACUGCUACCUCCCCUCGGCCUUCAGCCAGCACAAGGUCCUCGUCACCCCCCAGGAACCCCUCGAGGCCAUCCAGGCCUACCUGGCACGUCACUACCGGGUCCCGGAGCAGACCCUGUCGGCGGCGGCCGUGUUCAAGGACCGGCUGUGUGUUGGGAUCGUGGCCUCGGAGCGAGCAGGUGUUGGUAAGAGAGUGGUGGGGUGGGUGCAGUGGGUGGGCCCCAUCUCCCAGGGACUACCCAGGGCCCUUCCCCCUCCAGCAGAGGAAGCCUGUCUGCGGAUGGAGAAACUGAGUUUUGUUGUGACCAUGUCAUUCGUGUUUCCUUUCCAGCGGACACGUGCCCCCCAGUUCAAUUUUCUUGACAUCUUCCCAAAAGUCACCUGCAGGCCUCCCAAAGAGGUGAUUGACAUGGAGCUGAGUCCCCAGAGGAGUGACACUGAGCCUGGAAUGGAUGAGUUGGAGUUCUGCAGCGAGGCUUUCCAAAGACCUUACCAGUAUUUAAAACGGUUCCAUCAAAACCAAAACCUAGACACGUUUCAGUACCAAGAAGGCUCAGUCGAAGGCAACCCGGGGGAAUGCCUGCAGCAUCUCCUCAUUUACUGCGGGGUCAUCAACCCAUCCUGGUCAGAGCUUCGGAACUUUGCCCGGUUCCUAAAUUAUCAGCUCAGAGAUUGUGAGGCCUCUCUCUUCUGCAAUCCGAGUUUCAUUGGAGACACACUGAGGGGCUUCAAGAACUUUGUGGUGACCUUCAUGAUCUUUAUGGCAAGAGAUUUUGCCACACCAACACUCCACACCUCUGACCAAAGCCCGGGGAAGCACACAGUCACCAUGGAUGGGGUCAGGGAAGAGGACCUGGCUCCCUUCUCUCUCCGGAAGAGGUGGGAGUCAGAACCUCACCCGUACGUUUUCUUCAAUGACGACCACACCUCCAUGACGUUCAUAGGCUUCCAUCUCGAGCCUAACAGCCACGGCGGUGUGGACGCCAUCAAUCACUUGACGAGGGAGGUCAUCAAGAGAGACGUCAUGACCAUGGACCUGUACAAGGGGCUGCUGCUGCAGAGGGUGCCGUUCAAUGUCGACUUUGAUAGACUGCCCAGACAUGAGAAACUUGAGAGGCUCUGCCUGGCCCUAGGGAUCCACUGGGCCAUUGACCCUGAUGACACGUAUGAGCUCACGACAGACAACAUGCUGAAGAUCCUCGCCAUCGAGAUGCGCUUCCGGUGCGGGAUCCCCGUUAUCAUCAUGGGAGAAACCGGCUGUGGGAAAACCAGGCUGAUUAAAUUCCUUAGUGACCUGCGGCGUGGCGGUGCCAACGCUGACACCAUCAAGCUGGUCAAGGUGCACGGAGGGACGACCGCUGACAUGAUCUACUCCAGAGUCUGGGAGGCCGAAGACAUGGCCUGCUCCAAUAAGGCCCACCAUCAGUUGGACACCAUCUUGUUUUUCGACGAAGCCAACACAACAGAAGCCAUAAGCUGUAUCAAAGAAGUCUUGUGUGACCAUACAGUGGACGGCCAGCCCCUGGCCGAGGACUCCGGCCUGCAUAUCAUAGCCGCUUGCAACCCGUACCGGAAGCACUCCGAGGAGAUGGUCUGCCGUUUGGAGUCAGCAGGUCUGGGCUACAGGGUUAGUGCAGAGGAGACAGCCGACAGGCUGGGCUCCAUUCCGCUGAGGCAGCUGGUGUACCGGGUGCACGCUCUGCCCCCAAGCCUGGUUCCUCUGGUGUGGGACUUUGGACAGCUGAGUGACACAGCGGAAAAGCUCUACAUCCAGCAGAUUGUCCAGAGACUGGUUGACUCCAUCAGCCUGGAUCAAAACGAGACCCGCAUGAUCAUAAACGUCCUCUGCGCCUCUCAGGGUUUCAUGAGGAGUAGAGAAGAUGAAUGCGGUUUUGUCAGCCUCCGCGACGUGGAGCGCUGCGUGAAGGUUUUCAGGUGGUUCCACGCGCACAGCGCCAUGCUCUUACCACAGCUGAACGCUUUUCUGUCCAAGUCCAGCGCCAGCAAAAAUCACAUUGAGCAGAGAGACCCUGUCCUCUGGUCCCUGAUGCUGGCCAUUGGGGUGUGUUACCACGCCUCUUUGGAAAAGAAAGACUCGUAUCGGAAAGCCGUCGCCAGGUUCUUUCCGAAACCCUAUAAUGACAGCCGGCUGCUUCUGGACGAAAUCACGCGGGUACAGGACGUUUUUCUGGACGGCGUGCCUCUGAGGAGGACCAUCGCCAAGAAUCUGGCCUUGAAGGAGAACGUCUUCAUGAUGGUCGUCUGCAUCGAGCUGAAGAUCCCCCUCUUCCUGGUGGGGAAGCCCGGCAGCUCCAAGUCCCUCGCCAAGACCAUCGUGGCCGACGCCAUGCAGGGACCGGCCGCCCACUCGGAUCUGUUCCGCAGCCUGAAGCAGGUCCACCUGGUGUCGUUCCAGUGCAGCCCGCACUCCACCCCGCAGGGCAUCAUUGGCACCUUCCGCCAGUGCGCCCGCUUCCAGCAGGGGAAGGACCUGCAGCAGUACGUCUCUGUGGUGGUGCUGGAUGAGGUGGGGCUGGCGGAGGACUCGCCCAAGAUGCCCCUGAAGGCUCUGCACCCGCUGCUGGAAGACGGAUGCAUCGAGGAUGACCCCGCCCCCCACAAAAAGGUCGGCUUCGUGGGCAUCUCCAACUGGUCUCUUGACCCUGCCAAGAUGAACCGGGGUAUCUUCGUGUCGCGUGGCAGCCCCAACGAGAGAGAGCUCAUAGAGAGCGCCAAGGGCAUCUGCUCCUCAGACAGCCUCAUCCUGGACCGCGUCCAAGGGUACUUCGCGUCCUUUGCUAAAGCCUAUGAGACGGUGUGCCGGAGCCAGGACAAGGAGUUCUUCGGGCUUCGUGACUACUACAGCCUCAUCAAAAUGGUCUUCGCCACAGCAAGGGCUUCCAAUAAAAAGCCGUCCCCGCGAGAGAUUGCGCACGCCGUCCUAAGGAACUUCAGCGGCAAGGAUGACAUCCACGCUCUGGACAUCUUUCUGGCCAAACUGCCUGAGGCCUUGAGCUCAGAGGAAGUCAACCCAGUGCAGCUGAUCAGACAGAACAUCUUCGGGCCCUCUCAGAUGGGGCCGGGCGGACAGCUGGAAGAUGGUGAGUCCCGUUACUUGCUCGUGCUGACCAAAAACUACGUGGCGCUGCAGAUCCUGCAGCAGACCGUCUUCGGGGAGGACCAGCAGCCGGAGAUUAUUUUUGGUUCUGGUUUCCCCAAAGACCAAGAGUACACCCAGAUCUGCAGAAACAUCAACCGCGUGAAGAUCUGCAUGGAAACAGGCAAGAUGGUGGUGCUUCUCAACCUGCAGAACCUCUACGAGAGCCUCUACGACGCGCUCAACCAGUACUACGUCCGCCUCGGCGGCCAGAAUUACGUGGAUCUCGGUCUGGGGACCCACCGUGUCAAAUGUCGGGUUCACCCCAACUUCCGCCUGAUAGUCAUCGAAGAGAAAGAGGUCGUGUACAAACACUUCCCUAUCCCCCUCAUUAACCGGCUGGAGAAGCACUAUCUGGAUAUCAGCACGGUGCUGGUGAAAUGGCAGAAGCACAUGGUGGAGGAGCUCCGUGCUUGGGUGGAGAAGUUCGUCAAUGUCAAAGCAGAGCAGUUCCUGGACAGGCACAAAUACAGCCCUUCUGACGUCUUCAUCGGCUACCACUUGGACGCCUGCGCCUCCGUGGUGCUGCAGGUCAUAAAGAGGCAGGGUCCCCGGGCCUUGACGGAGGAACUUUACGAGCAGGUGUCCAGGGAGGCCAAGUGGAUUCUGCUGAACUGCGCCACGCCUGACGCUGUCAUCCGGCUGAGUGCCUCUUUGCUGGACUCGUUCACGGCGGAGUCGCUGGCACAUGAGUACUUCUACAAACAGAGGCACAACUCCUUUGCGGAUUUCCUUCAGGAGCACCUGCAGGCCACAGACCCGGCGUGCCACGCCGUCUUCACAGAGAUCACCACUUUCUCCAGGCUGCUAACAAGUCACGACUGUGAAAUUUUACAAUCGGAGGUCACGGGCAGGGCUCCAAAACCCACACUCCUGUGGCUGCAGCAGUUUGACACUGAGCUCUCAUUCCUCAAAGAAGUCCGAAACUGCUUAACGGACAGAGCCAAAUGUAAAAUCCUCAUUAUUCAGACAGACUUUGAAGAUGGAAUCCAUAGCGCCCAGCUCAUCGCCUCAGCUAAGUACUCUGCUAUAAAUGAAAUCAACAAAAUACAAGACAGCGGGGACCGUAUCUUCGUCUAUUUCAUCACCAAACUGUCCCGGAUGGGAAGUGGGACAGCCUAUGUGGGCUUCCAUGGAGGGCUAUGGCAGGCUGUGCACAUUGACGACCUCCAGAGAUCCACCGUCAUGGUUUCGGAUGUGACCAGGCUGCAGAGUGUCACCAUCAGCCAGCUGUUCGCACCCGGAGAGGAGUUGGGCUCGGGACACUGGACAGAAGACGGCCAUGAGGAGGCGAUGGAGACGGAGCCCAGCACGUCAGGGCCAGUGGCAGAGGAGGCCAUGGAAACAGAAAGCUCUGAGAAGGCGGACGAGGAGACGUCUGGGCUCGGAGGCGGUGAUGGGCAGAUCCUGGACACCACCAGGCUACUGAGGAGCUGUGUGCAGAGCGCCGUGGGCAUGCUCAGGGACCAGAAUGAGAGCUGCACGCGCAACAUGCGGAGGGUGGUGCUCCUCCUGGGCCUCUUCAACGAGGACAGCGCGGGCAACGCUUGUUUCUUGCAGGUGUCCAAGAAGCGCCUCAAUGUCCUUUUGAAGAAGCAAGAAGACAGCCAGUUCCACCUUCUGAAGGAGUGGGUGGCGAGGGAAGCCUCCAACCAGGACGCCCUCCAGGAGGCGGGCACAUUCAGGCACACGCUCUGGAAGCGGGUACAAGGUGCUGUGACCCCCCUGCUGGCGAGCAUGAUCUCCUUCAUCGACAGAGACGGCAACCUUGAGCUACUGACCAGGACAGGGACUCCGCCCUGGGCAAGAGACCUUUGGAUGUUUAUUUUCAGUGACAUGAAGCUUCUGAACAUUCCUCUUGUGAUGAAUAACUUGAGACGUCAAGGUGAGAUGGCCUACAUCGUGGUGCAGAACCACAUGAACCUUUCAGAGAACGCGUCCAACGAUGUCCCGUUCAGCUGGAGAAUCAAGGACUAUCUGGAGGAGCUGUGGGUCCAGGCCCAGUACCUCACGGAUGUGGAAGGACUGCCAAAGAGGUUCGUGGAAAUCUUUCAGCAGACUCCUCUGGGCAGGUUUCUUGCCCAGCUCCAUAGAGAACAGCAGCAGGAACUUCUUCAGUGUUACUCCAAGGACUUCAUCCUCUUGACCAUGCGCGUAUCAACGAGGGAGGAAUUAAAGUUUCUGCAGAUGGCUCUGUGGUCCUGCAUCCGUGAACUAAAAGUGGCGUCAGAAGUGCCUGAGAAAGAGGUUUCCCUGCCAUGGGUGCACCUAGCCUACCAGCGUUUCAGAAGCCGGCUGCAGAACUUCUCCAGAAUCCUGACCAUCUAUCCCCAGGUUCUCCGCAGCCUGAUGGAAGCCUCUCAAAACCACGAGCUGGCUGGACAUGAGAUGAACCUGGACGCGUUUGCCGCAAUGGCCUGCACCGAGAUGCUGACCAGAGACACCCUGAAGCCCAGUCCCCAGGCGUGGCUACAGCUAGUGAAGAAUCUUUCCAUGCCACUGGAGCUCAUCUGCUCCGAUGGGCACAUGCAAGACAGCGGGACCCUGGCCCAGGCUGUCAUCAGGGAAGUCAGAGUCCACUGGAGUCGGAUUUUCUCCACUUCGCUCUUUGUAGAGCAUGUGCUCCUGGGAAUUGAGAGCCAGGUCCCCGAGUUAAGCAAGCUGGUGACCGAGCACGUCUUCUUACUAGACAAGCGUCUUCGAGAGAACUCUGACGUCAAGACCCGCAGGCCUUUUGAGGCCGUGAUGAGCACUCUCUGUGAAUGUAAGGAGAGAGCCAGCAAGACCUUCACCAGGUUUGGGGUCCAGCCAUGCCCCAUCUGCCUGGGAGACGCACAGGACCCCGUCUGUCUGCCCUGCGACCACGUGUACUGCCGGCGCUGCCUAGAAGCCUGGCUGGUCUCGGGGCAGAUGAUAUGCCCCUUCUGUUUAACUGCCUUGCCAGACAAAUUCUCUCCAACUGUUUCCCAAGAGCACAGGGAAGCCAUUGAAAAGCACGCCCGCCUCCGGCAGAUGUGCAACAGCUUCUUCGUAGACCUGGUGUCCACCAUGUGCUUCAAGGACAAUGCUCCGCCUGAGAAGGAGGUGAUCCACAGCCUGCUGUCUCUGCUGUUUGUCCAAAAGGAGCUCUUAAGAGAUGCCCACCAGAGACACCGCGAACACACCAAAUCCCUCUCUCCAUUCAAUGACGUGGUGGAUAAGACUCCCGUCAUCCGCUCGGUGAUACUGAAGCUGCUUCUGAAGUACAGCUUCGAUGAUGUAAAAGAUUAUAUUCAGGACUACUUGACCCUGUUAAAAAAGAAAGCAUUCAUAAUUGAAGAUAAAACGGAACUGUACAUGCUGUUUAUCAACUGCCUGGAGGAUUCAAUACAUGAGAAGACCAGUGUUUGCUCCAGAAAUGAUGAACUGAACCACCUGAGAGAGGAAACUGUUUUCCUUAAGACAUAUUCUCCAGUGCGACGUGGCCGAGAGCCUGCCCACGAGGCCUCGGUGGAAUACCUGCAGGAGGUGGCCCGGAUCCGCCUCUGCCUCGACAGGGCUGCGGAUUUCCUCUCGGAGCCCCAGGGAGGCCCAGAGAUGGCGAAGGAGAAGGAGUGCUACCUGCAGGAAGUCAAGCACUUCUGUACCCGCGGCGGGAACGACUGGCACCGGGUGUACCUGGUGCGGAAGCUCAGCAGCCAGCGGGGGAUGGAGUUCGUGCAGGGCCUCUCCAGGCCGGGCCAUCCGUGCCAGUGGGUGUUUCCCAAGGAAGUCAUCGAGCAGCAGAAGGACCACCCAGGCCAGAUGGAUUGGUACCUGGUGUAUGGCAAUGAAUACAAGGCCCUCCGAGACACUGUGGCCAAAGCUGUCCUCGAGUGCAAGCCGCUGGACAUCGAGACUGCUCUGAAGGCCUGCCGGACCCCCAGAGCCCUGCAGGCAGUCCACUUCCUGUUGGCGCUGUUUAGAGAGGUGGCUAUUCUGUACAGAUCCCACAAUGCGAGCCUCCACCCCACGCCAGAGCAACGUGAAGCUGUGAGCCAGUUCAUUGGCGAAUGCAAGAUCCUUUCAUCUACUGAUAUCAGGCACUUUGCAACAUCUCUCGUGGACAAUUCUCUGCCAUUGUUGAGGGCGGGCCCCAGUGACAGCAGCCUUGAGGGCACAGUGACAGAAAUGGCCAUUCACACUGCAGCCGUCCUUCUGUGCGGACAGAAUAAAGUCUUGGGACCCCUGAAGAAUCUGGCCUUCUCCCCAGCCGACAUGGCGAAUGCUUUUCUCCCAACCAUGCCUGAAGACUUGCUGGCUCAGGCUAGGAGAUGGAAAGGUCUGGAGGGAGUCUCCUGGUACACUUGUCCCAAUGGCCAUCCUUGCUCCGUGGGAGAGUGCGGCAGGCCGAUGGAACAGAGCGUAUGCAUUGACUGUCGUGCACCGAUUGGAGGCGUUAACCACAGACCUCAGGACGGCUUUAAAAUGGUCAGCAACAACGAAGACAGAACGCAGACUGGCCACGUGCUAGGCAACCCACAGCAGAGAGACCUGGUGGUGACGUGUGACCGAGAGCUGCCCCCACUGGUCUUCAUACUUAUCCGGCUACUUACUCACUUGGCUCUGCUUCUGGGAGCUGCCCAGAGUCCCCAGGCUCUGAUGAACAUCAUUAAGCCUCCAGUGAGGGAUCCACAAGGCUUUCUGCAGCAGCACAUCCUGAAGGACUUGGAGCAGUUGACCAAGAUACUGAGACACAGUGCUGAUGAGACCACCAGUGUAGUCCACCUCGUCCUGCGCGGGCUUCUCCAAGAGCGGAACCAGCUCUCUGGCAAGAGACUUUUAAAUUUUGACACAAGACUGUCAACUAAAGAAAUGAGGAACAACUGGGAAAAGGACAUUGCGGCUGUGAUUUCGCCUGAAUUGGAGCAUCUAGAUAAAACCCUUCCCGCCGUUAAUAUUCAGAUCAGCCAAGAUAAGCGUAUCAGCUCUAACCCUGUAGCCAAAAUAAUAUAUGGUGACCCAGUGACCUUCCUGCCCCACCUGCCCCGGAAAAGUGUGGUCCAUUGCUCUAAGAUUUGGAGCUGCAGGAAGAGAAUUACAGUUGAGCACCUCCAGCACAUCGUGGAACAGAAAAAUGGCAAAGAAAGAGUGCCCGUCCUCUGGCACUUCCUGCAGAAGGAAGCAGAGCUGAGGCUGGUGAAGUUCCUGCCUGAGAUUUUGGCCCUGCAAAGGGGGCUGGUGAAGCGGUUCCAGAACGUCCCGCAGGCUGAAUACCGCUCCAUCAGAGGCUUCAUCAGCAGCCACAGUUCAGAUGGGUUAAGGCAGCUACUGCAGAACAGAAUCACCAUCUUUCUGUCGACAUGGAACAAACUGAGAAGAUCACUUGAGACAAACGGUGAGAUCAGCCUACCUCAAGAGUACUGCAGCACGGACUUGGAUCUGGACACUGAUUUUGAGAUCCUCCUGCCACGUCGACGGGGCCUGGGUCUCUGUGCUACCGCUCUCGUCAGCUACUUGAUUCGCCUACACAAUGAAAUCAUCUACGCGGUGGAAAAAUUCUCCAAGGAAAACAGCAGCUAUUCCGUGGAUGCCUCUGAGGUCACUGACCUGCACGUCAUGAGCUAUGAAGUGGAGCAGGACCUGAUCCCGCUGAUUCUCUCCAACUGCCAGUACCAGGUGGAGCAGGGCAGGCAGACCCUGCAGGAGUUCGACCUGGAGAAGAUUCAGCGGCAGAUCAUCAGCCGCUUCCUCCAGGGCAAGCCCUGGCUGAGCCUCAAGGGAAUACCCACCCUGGUAUACAGACACGACUGGAACUACGAAAAUCUCUUUAUGGACAUCAAGAACAAAAUGCCACAGACCUCCCUCCCCAGCUCAACCCUCAGUGCCAUCAGUGGACAGCUGCAGUCCUACAGCGAUGCCUGUGAAGCGCUGUCUGUCAUAGAAGUCACUCUGGGGUUCCUGAGCACAGCAGGCGGGGAUCCAAACAUGCACCUGAAUGUGUAUAUUCAAGACAUGCUGCGGAUGGGCGACCAGACAGCGCAGGUGUUACAGGCCCUAAACAGAUGCCAGUUAAAACACUCCAUUGCCCUCUGGCAGUUUCUGUCUGCUCAUAAGUCUGAACAGUUGCUGCGACUGCAAAAGGAGCCAUUCGGGGAAAUCAGUUCGAGGUACAAAGCAGAUCUGAGCCCGGAAGAUGCUAAGCUCCUCGGCACAUUCCUGAAUCAGACUGGCCUAGACGCUUUCCUCCUAGAGCUGCAUGAAAUGAUAGUCUUGAAACUAAAGAACCCCCAAACCCAGGGGAGCUUCAACCCUGAGUGGAGCCUGAGAGACACUCUGGUAAGUUACAUGGAAACUAAAGAAAGUGAAAUUCUUCCUGAAAUGGAAUCUCAGUUCCCAGAAGAGAUACUGCUUGCCAGUUGUGUCUCAGUGUGGAAAAUAGCUGCUGUCCUGAAACGGGAUCGACAAAUGAGAUAGAAUUUCCUCAGCUGUCUUUGAGUAAGACUUGGGAGAGAAGGCUCCUCUCUCCUCGCCCCCAGCAUGGACUUCAUCAGUGACUGGUGCCUUUGCAUUCAGAAGGAAAGCUGUCAGCAUAGCACCAAAUUCAAGACCAAGGCGUGCUACGUGAGCUGACAGCUUUCUGAAAGCCAAGCUGUUUCUGAACCAUGCAUAUAUAUAUUCUAAAACUUUCUCAUCAUAAGUACUGUUCAUUAGGAGAUGACAACGAAGAUCAGAUGAAAUUGGAAAUAAACCAGUUUACAUCCCAGGAGGCAAGCAGCUCAGCCACACGCAGCAAUGAUCUGUGUCUGCAGCCCGCUUGCCUCUGGCACUACCCACCCCCCCCUUUUUUUCCUAAAUCUGUGCUCAAAGAAGAGAAUCUCCCUUUCUUCUUUCUUCCAUGUCCUUAAAUUCUGAGUACCGUACAUAUACUUCUGGGUUCCCAGGAUGAUGUGAAAAAGUGCCAGACUGUUUUUUGUCUUCUCACAAAUACAAGAAAAAUCAGGGCAUUUUGUGAGUGCCUUAAGACUAAACUAACAAGAUCUGACCCAUACCCUCACAAUGAGUCACUGUCAGAUUUCAGAGGGUAAGAGCCAAAAGACUCAUUGUGAAAAGCACCGGACUUGGGCCAGUGACACCAUCAGGGCCUCAGUUUCCUCAUGCAUAAAAUGAAGGGAGUGGAUUAAUGGCCAAAGAUUCUUCUGAUCCUAAUAUUUUAAAAUUAUGAGAGAAACCAGAAGACUGUAAACCUGGGUCCCAGGCCUGGUUCUGGGAGUUCCGUGGGGAGCUUUUAUUUAUCAUUAUGCCAAAUAAACACGCAGACUCCAUGUGCUCUCGAGUA